AAUUUAUCAAAGUCAAUAUCCAGUUGUAAAUAAGGUAUGCAUGGUUGCAUCCAUCUCAGCUAGCUUGUUGUCGUAAUUUUAUCGGCUGAUUCCAUUUGCGUGAAAUGUCUCCACGCAUCAGCUCACGCAAUUGACUUUUGUCAACUUUGUAGGUGAACUUUGCCGACGGUGUUUUUUGUAUCAUUUCGAAUGUCUUGUAUCGAUUAACAUUGAAAUUCAGGGGAGUUCUGCAUUUACUACGAAUCGAAAACAAAUAGCAAGAAUUUGUUAUCAGCUUCCUCUGUGUAGGAGAAAUUUUCUUUUUAUAAAUACCUCAAAAGCUCAACUUAUACAGUAAAAUUCGCACCGGCUGUUAUCAUAUCUAUAUUUUUAUACGGAAAAACAAACUGGAAUUUGGCAGCGUUCGUGUGAUAUCGCACUGAUAAAAGGCCACCUCAGGAUAACCCGGCGGCAAACAUCUCGGCAAAAUGGCAUCGAUAGCGAAAGUGGGGAAGAUUUCCAACUUAUUCCAUAUUACAACACGUGGAAUAUCCGUAUCAGCAGCACUGAAUCGCGAUGCAGAUUCAUGGCUAAGCAAAUUACUCGUUCGAAAAAUCGAACCAACAAAGGAGUCACAUAGUCGCAUGCUCAGUGACAAAGAAAUCAUUUAUGCAUUACACACGCACAACGUACGUCCCGAUUCGAUUGAGAAAUACUUAAUAAACUACAAACAAACUGUUGAUAUAAUAAAUUCCAAAAAAGAUCAUUUCUCAUGCAACUUAAUAGGAUCGUGGACAGUACAAGUCGGCGAUAUGGAUCAAGUUGUUCAUUUAUGGAAAUAUACAGGUGGUUUUGAGAUGAUCGAUCAAGCCAAGCAUGAUUUGUGGAAUGACAAGAUUUAUAUGGGUUUAAUGAAGGAGCGUGGAAACUAUCUCAGGUCUAGACAUUUACAAUACUUACUGGCCUUCAGCUAUUGGCCUCAAAUUCAACCACGUGAAGGUCAUAACAUUUACGAAAUGCGAUCAUAUCGACUAAAACCUGGAACCAUGAUUGAAUGGGGAAAUAACUGGGCUCGAGCAAUCAAUCAUAGGAAGAGUAAUAAUGAAGCGUUCGCCGGGUUCUUUUCGCAAAUAGGAAGAUUGUACAAUGUACAUCAUGUGUGGUGUUAUAAAUCUCUCAAGGAUCGUAAAGAGACACGUGAAGCUGCCUGGCGUUCACCCGGUUGGGAUGAAUGCGUUGCCUACACAGUUCCUUUGAUCAGGGAAAUGCAUUGUCGUAUUUUGGUACCUACUGAUUUUUCGCCAACCCAAUAAUUUUUCAUUUUCUGCACAUAAUUAUUUUUACUCGUAAAUAAGUAAAAAGUUGGAGCAAUUUGAAUAUUUUUUACUUGCGUAGUUGAAAAGCGCACGCAAAUCUAUGUAUGUAUUUUAGAUUUUUUUUUCUUGCAACUUAUUAUUGUUGAGAUUAUGUUUAAUAAGAGAUGAUUUUAUUAAGUCAUAGAGGUAGAAGUAAAAGCUUGCAUUAGCGUUGUGUUCGAAAUUGUCGUUGAAAACGAAAAACUUAUCCAUGAUUACCAUGAAAAUUGGAUGUAGUCAACUUUUGAAAAACAACAUUUAUUGUGUUUAUAGUUGAACUUGAAAUUGCUGUGUACAUUUAAAAUUGUUUAAUUAUAUGAAAAAGAUUGUACAAUAAAAAUAAUUUUCUA